AGUAGUGAUAAGUACUUGGAAUUAUUAAAACAAAUUUUUGCAGUACUUUUUGAGGUUAUGUAAUUCAAACGAACGGCUUUUUAAGGUUAAAGGAGCAUUUAUAUAUGAGGAAAAUGUAAACUUAUAUCGUAAUUGGUAAAGUUCAACAUAAUGCUUUCAAUGCUUUCAUUUGUAACGACUUGAUGGAUGCAUAUGUACCACAAUAGUAAAUUUAAAUUUAACUUUUAUGGUAAGUGGCAGCACAAAUACUGUAUAAAUCAUUGUACUGAACUUACUGAUUACGCCAUAAGUUAACAGUUAUGGCCUGCAUAAAUGCUCCUCAAAUCUGUCGAAUAAACACAAGUGUGAAGUAACAUUUGGAGGUUAUGAAAGGUUAUACGAUCCCAGAAAUAGUUUUUCGAGUUUAGACAUUUUCAAUGCUGUAUAAAGUAAUUUAUAAAGUGCGUGAAUAUCUUGUUUUAUUAAGUAUUUUCGUUUACUUAAUGUAAUUACCACAAAUAAAUAAAUAAUCACAAAAACAUGACCAAAGACAAUAAUCUGCAGCGAAAUGUGUUAAAUCAAGACUAUUACCUGGCGAAUAUUUGAUACUGUUUUAGGUAUUGUAAAUCAUUAUAUUGAAGAGUCUUAAAUUUUAAUAUCACGAUGAAUACAGUGACGACGGAGGAAGAGAGAAAGAUCUUUCACUUUUUAAAAUCUCAAGGUUGCUGUUUGAGAUGUUGUUUUCGUUUCAUUGGAUACCGUACGUCGGAAUGUUAUUGUAAGCCUUACGAAUUUGCGGCACAGCUGAGUUAUGCAGAUAUAAAAGAUAUAAAAGACGAUGCUUCUGUGGAAGAAACAACUUGCAUUGCAUGUUUAGGAGUUCUUCAGGAUAAGGCACAAAAGAACGUAGUUACAAAAAUAGCAGAAAAAGUAAAGGAGAAAGAUUAUGACUGUAUGACUUUCACAUGUGCAUUAACUGUUCCUGUAUCAGUAAAGCUGAGAGAACACAUAUUAUACGCUUACAUGUAUCAAGAGAUGGAUAUUCAUAAAUCAAUCUUAAGUACUCUUAAAACAAAAUUACAAAAUGUCAAAGAUAUUUGGAAAUCGUUUAUAAUUCCUCAACUCGAACAAGCUACAGGAAAACGUGCAGAUCUGUCGACACCAUCGCCCUUUCUCAUCGAAGUCCUCUUAAUGUAUGCCGACGACGAAAUGAUAUUUAAAGAAUUAAUAAAUGAACAUAAGAGAGGCGAUAAUAAACGGAAAAAGAGGAAAUGCAACGAUAAUAAAUUUAGUAGGAAGGAUGUUGAUACUUUACUGAUCGAAAUGACAGAUGAGCAACUCAUACAACAUUUUACGAUCUCGCAAAUCAUACCGAAAACGUUCGUUCAUGUUAAUGAUGUUUUAUGUUCUCAUAGCAGCAUUUUCAUAGGAGGACGUUACAAUAAACUCUCUAGAAAACUCAGCCAGACUCCGUGGUUCAUAAACGGUGAGAAAAAAGUGGAAACUUCGGUGCAAGAUUUGCUCUGCAAUCCCAUCGCAGAAAUGGUAAAAGCAGAAUCGAUAAAAUUUUUAUCGUCAGGAAGAGAAGACGUCGAUGUCAGAAAUAUAUACGGUGGUCGACCAUUUGCUAUCGAACUGUUGAAUCCUCGUAUGACGAAUAUCACGAAGGAACUAUUGACGUGUUUGACCAGUAGUAUCAAUCAAUCGACUAAGCAGGUUCAAAUAACAUCGAAUUUAAAAGUUCUUUCAAGGUUUGAUUUGAAGAAGCUUAAGGAAGGUGAGAAUGUUAAAACGAAGUUUUAUCGAGCGCUAUGUAUCUGUCGAGACGUGAGUAGCGGUUUACCGCAAUUGGGACAUCUGAAUGAAUUGGAAAACGUUAAAAUUAUUCAAAGAACACCACUGAGAGUGCUGCACAGGCGACCAUUGAGUCCGCGAACGCGUAUAAUUUACAAAAUGCGCGCGCGUUGGGCAAAACCGUACGAACUGAAGAAAUUGUUAUCCACUGCCACAGAAAGUACUGACGCAUUUUUUGUUCUCGACGUUAAAACGCAAGCAGGUACAUAUGUAAAAGAAUUCGUACACGGAGAUUUCGGUAGAACCAAGCCGAGUUUGUGCGAUUUUCUUAAAACCGAAGUGGACAUUGUCGCAUUAGAUGUCACGGGUAUCAAUUUAAAAUGGCCGUAACGCGAGUCUAAAUAUUAUUUAACUAAAUAAAAAAGAAACUACAAU